AUGGGUACCAUAUCAGCGGUCGCCACGGCCUUGAUGGCCAUCCUGCACGUCUACAUCCUCGUGCUCGAAAUGUUCCUCUGGACCACCCCGCGCGGCCGGCGCGCAUUCCGGCUCACUCCCGAGUUCGCGCAGCAGACACGCGCCUUGGCCGCCAACCAAGGCCUGUACAACGGCUUCCUGGCAGCGGGACUCGUCUGGGGCCUCACUCACCCGGUGGCGGAAUUUUCGGCACAGAUUCGACUCUUCUUUCUCGGUUGCGUCGUCGUCGCGGGGGCGUACGGCGGCGCGACGGCGUCACGCAAGAUUUGGGUGGUGCAGAUGGCCCCGGCGGUGGUAUCUUUGGGGUUGGAGUUCCUGCAGGUAUAG